CAUCUUGCCCAUGCAUGCUGUUGAUGAGGAUUCCGUUCAAAUGGCCAUUGGCAAUGAUCUUUGCUAGACAAACAGUUAUGUGCACGGUGCAAUAAUUGUUUAGGUGUCUAUCUAUCACACCAAAGCCAAAAGCAGGGACGGGAUCCAGAAGAGGAGGAAAUCUUUCGGCUUUUGGACCCCGGCCCCGUUGCAGUACAGAGAGAAUCGAUGCCUCGACUUGAUAGUUUUUGCUUCGUGAUCUCGUUAACCUUUAUGUCCGCAUUGCGUGCGCCGCGGAGAAUUCUGAUCAGGACCGCCUCUGCUUGGCCUGGCUUAAAUUCUCUCAUCCUUAACAGUAACAUUCCCCGGCAUACGGCAUACGGACCUAUACUUCCACUGUUCUAUCCGUUCCAAUUCCGUCCUCAUGGAUGCAGAAUUGAGCUGUGCAAAUGCAGAUACAACAGAGGGCAUCUCGAGCCCCAUAGCCGCGCACAUCCUCGACUUCUGCGACGAUGGCGGCGGCGGCGGCGACCUCUUCGGGGCGGUGAACGCUGCGUCCGACGUGUUCGCUGCCUCGUCGGAGGACGCCUCGUCGUCGUUCACCGCCACGCCUCCUCUCUGCAGCCAUGGCGAUAACAUGUCGUCGGGUGCGGCCGCGGCCACGACCACGGCCAGCUUCUCCCCCUUGCCGUCCCUUGACUCCACACUCUCGGCGCUCCUCGAGGAAGACCAGCCGCCUGGCCCAGACGCCGAGCUCCUCCUCCCCAUAGAUUACGCGUUCGCGGCGGCGGCGGCAGGCACGGACGAGACCCAGACGGAGCAGCAACAGUAUGGCCAGAUGGUGCUCCCGGUGGUGACCGCGGCAGAGCACCACCCGGCGCUGCAGACGCAAAUGAGCAGCACGGCGUCCGACCUCAUGCAGCUCACCUCGGGAUACACCAACGAGUGCUUCGCGGCGGCACUGGCCGGAGGGUUCAUGGGGCUGGAGGAGACCCUGUGCCAGCAGCAGCCUGGCGCGAUGCUCCCUGGCGCCGCCGACGCGGCGACGCAAGGGUGUUACGCGGCGCAGGGAGGUUUCUUCGGCGGCGGCGGUUGCACGGGCACCGUGAUGUCGAUGAUGCUGGGGAUGGAGGAGAUGGGCGAGUACCAGAGGAUGAUGGAGGGCGGCGCGCUGGUGGACGCCGACUCCGCGGGGCAGAUGGCAUUCCCUACCGCCGCGGAGAUGCAGAUCGGAGGCAGCGGGAGCCCCGGGCGGCUGCCGGCGGCGGGAGAGACCUCGAGCCUGGAGGACACGAGCUUCAAGGCCGCCCGCCUCUCCGUGGAGGAGAGGAAGGAGAAGAUCCACCGGUACAUCAAGAAGAGGAACGAGCGGAACUUCAGCAAGAAGAUCAAGUACGCGUGCAGGAAAACCUUGGCGGACAGCAGGCCGCGCGUCCGCGGGAGGUUCGCCAAGAACGACGAGUACUGCGAAGCGUCCACGGCGAUCGGAUCACAGAACCACGAGGAGUACGAGCAGAUGCCGGGCGUGAAGGCGGAGGACAUGCUCGACCCCGACGCGCUGGCGCACAUCAGCGGGAUGAGCUCCUACAUGUACAACCACACGGUGGAGUCGUGGAUAUAAUCUGACUCACGACGAACACGAGCCCGCUAAUUCCAUUUUUCACCAACCUAUUUUACACGUGCAGAUUUUUAACAGCCUGUUUAACUUGAUUUUGGUCCCGUGGAAUAAUUUUGUAGCUCCUGAAGCGGCGAGUUGAAUUUACUUACCAUGUAGGGUCGGCCGGUCUGUUGUGUCAGUCGAAAUCUGCUUUUCGCUUGUUGCAGCUAAUUCUUGCAGGUGAAUGUGAGGUUCUAGAGUUUGCAGAGGAGUUGUGUACUUGGUUUUUUUUAAUAGAAAACACAGCUUCAGGGAUCA